AUGUUCUUGAUACCUGGAUGGAGUGGCCUAUCGAAUGCACGAGUGACAUUAUUUGGUGAUGUCUAUCCAUUGUCAGAAGAUGAACAGGAGUGGGCACAUAAGCAAUAUAUCGCAAAGCACCCGCACGGGCUUUCAGAGCAAUGGGGAAACUUCCACUAUUUUAGAAUGCAGAACAUAAGUGAUAUAUAUUUCAUUGGAGGGUUUGGCACGGUCGCAUGGGUUGAUGCGAAAGAGUAUGAGGCUUUACAUCCUGAUAAGAUAGCCGUCGAUGGUGGAGAGCACAACCUCAAGGAACUAAAUGCCAUCUUCUCAAAGCCGCUUAGAGAGCUACUGGCUUCUGUAUCAGAGGUAGACGAUGCCGCUCUCAUUCCUAUAGAUAGCAAAGGGAUAGAUGUACGGGUUCGUCAGGGUGUUGUUUGGUUCCUCUUUUUUGACUUUUUAGCUAAAGUUUUGUAGUUUGCUCUAUGUAUUUGGCCCUCCUUUUACAGAGUUACUAAAUGGGGGUAAACACGACAAUCUUGAAAUAACAGGUUGAAAUCUCGAGUUUAAUAAUAUGUAUUUCCAUUUGUGGAUUUGCAACGACUGCUACGUUGUGGAAUGCAGUUGCUUGUUGUGGUAGUCAUACACGCCAAGUCACAAUUUUAUACUUUGUCCAGGAAGAUUUACAGAGAGCAUAGUAGUCGGAUUCAUCAUAUGGUGUAUGGAUCCAUGUUCAAAAUAUUCAUCUAAAUCUAUAACAAUUUCUAUCUUGUAAAUAAUUUUUAUAAACAAUUUUCAUCUCAUGGCAUCUUCUUCUCAAAACAAUUUCGAAGGAUCAAUUGAUGAUAAUUUUGAUCAAUACUUUGGUCAACAUUUUGAUCAAACGUUCGAGAAUCUUUCCGUCGAUUAUGGUGGUCAAGAAGGUGAGAGGAAGGAAAGGAAAAAAACGAGUUUAUAUCGAAAGAAAUCUUUCAAAUUAUUAUCGUUUAUUUUACUAAUCUUUGUUUUUAUGUU